CGUGCGCGGGCGCCGACGCUCUGCUUUCUUUUACACCCGCUGUCCUCGUAAUCGCGAUCUGUGUCAGAUAUACAUUUUUCAGUCUACACUUCUAAAUAAAUCAUAUUAAAGUGCAAUAGAAUAUAGAAUACAUAUCAAUUCCUCCGUAAAUCUGCCAUUUGUGUUCAUUGUUUAUUUAUCAAGUUAAUUAGUGAUAAAUAGAAUAGAGGACUUUGUGGAUCGAAUUUAUUGGUUUUAUUGAUAUUGAUGUUAUCUUGAUAAAGAUAGACAGUCAAAAUUUACCGGUUCAGUGGAGUGUUGAAUUGUACUUUGGGUGAUGUAGUGGACUUUGAGGGUUGGAAUUGGAACUGUAGCAGGAUGGAUACGAUGAUAAAUGUGUGGGCUGUGGUUGAGCACGUGAGGGUGUCCAGCGGUGCUGCGGAGCUGGCCAUCUUCACGGCUAUACUGUACUGGUUCUUCACUUCAAGUCGCGUCGCCGACAUGCUGGAGGUGGUCGGCGAACGUGUCGGAGGAUGGUGCAGUGGAGGAGGACGCGAUACCAACACCUCACUGAGGCAGGCGGUGCGCGCGCGCCGGCGAGUUAACGAUGUAUACUCGAAACUGGACUGUGAUAUCGCGACGAGAACGACAUCGCUGUACAGAAUCAAGGAGAGCCCUGUAGUGCCUGCGCCUCAGCCAGUGACCCGCCCACCAGGUGGACUUGCGUGUGGCAGAUGCGCUCCCAUUUCUAGAGAAUCGUGGCAAGACCCAAAAUCAACUGAGACAGGAUCCGUGAUAAAUAUAUUGAACAUUGGGAAGCAGACAUUUGCAAAUGGUGGCGUCGUGUCGAGGUAUCUUUGCGAUUUGGCACAGUGUUGCCAUCUCAUUAAGUAUGACUACAAGGACUUCGUGCCCGAUGUGUUCAAAGACAAACAGUUCCAAAAAGCUAUAGAAGAUAGAACCCAAGAGGAACUGAGAAAGUUAAACGAGAACAACCACGUAGGAGGAGGCGAGGGUGAAUCAGCAAGCCAGUACCAGGCGGUCAGGGCGCGCAUAGAGGCCAAAGCUGCCAAAAUAGUAAAAGAUAUUAGUUCGGCGAUGUCCAAUGGUGUACUCAAGUUAGUAGCCUGGGUGUGCCACAAGGCGAUUCGUCGCGUAGCACGCGGCGGUUGCGGUACCCGCGCCGCAUGCGUUGAGCGAUUGAGACGUGCCAACGCCGCUGGUUUGCCGCUAGUGUUCGUCCCGCUGCAUCGCUCGCACUUCGAUUACAUACUCGUCACUUUCACACUCUACCUCACUGGGCUUCGACCGCCACUCGUCGCCGCCGGGAAUAACAUGCGGAUACCUUUCUUUGGAUGGUUUCUACGUGGAUGCGGUGCAUUUUUCAUCAGACGUAAUACAGAAGGCUCGGAAGGUCACAGUGAUCAAAUUUACAAAACAGCUCUUAGGUCGUAUAUAUUAAAUAGUUUAGCUGCAAAUAAUAAUAUGGAGUUCUUCAUAGAAGGUGGUCGGACAAGAACCGGCAAACCACAGCCGCCCAAAGCGGGCAUCCUCUCUGUGAUAAUGGACGCGUAUCUCGACGGUACCAUUGAUGACGCGUUACUAGUGCCCGUAACCCUCAACUACGACAAACUGGUGGACGGGAACUUCGUAAGGGAGCAGCUCGGCAUGCCCAAACAAAUGGAGACAUUCUGGUCUGCGUUUAGAGGAAUAUGGCGGACGCUGAACACAAACCACGGCAGUAUCAGGGUGGAUUUCAAUCAGCCUAUAUCACUUAAGGAACUCGUGACGUCAUUCCAAAAGUACAACUACCUCAAGUCACCCAUUGAGCGGCCGUUGACCCCACCCAACAACAAUCUAUCAGUGAAUCUCGACAGGCAAAUUCUAUAUAAUCACAGUCACUCUAGUCUAUACGGUGCUGACGUCACCACAGACCACAAAAUGAUGGUGGAGGCAAUCGGCAGGCAUCUAGUCUAUGACGCGGCUCAAGCGACCGCACUGAUGUGCACGAACGUCGUGGCGUACGUGCUGCUGACGGAGCAGCGGCGCGGCUGCAGCGUACACCAGCUGUACGACAGCGUCGGACGCCGCGCCGCCCGCCUCAGGGCCGCCGGCCGCGACCUCGGAUACACUGCCGACGGGGCCGUCGCCACGCGACACGCCCUGGAGAUGCUGGGCCGCGGGCUGGUGAGGCGCGAGAGCGGAACCGCGCGGCCGCAGCCCAGCGUGGCGGCGUCGCUCGAACUCGCCUACUACGCCAACGCGCUCGUCGCACACUACGCACCCUCCGCCAUUAUAGCAACUGCAUUAGAAAGUAUACUACGACAACCCAAUGCAGACCAGGAGGUAAUUUAUCACACGGAAUUAAUGGAGUCGGCAUUACAAUUGUGUGAAGUACUCAGUCAGGAGUUCAUACUGUGCCCACCUUGUCACAGGAUAGAGGAGAAAAUGUUAGACGCUAUAGACGGACUGGUCGCCGACGAUGUGUUACACACAAUAGAGCUCAAUGAAGGUCUGGAUGAGCAGAAAUGGUCUCGCCGGUUCGCCAAACGGUUGGAAGACGAGGACGAGGAGGACCGGCCAGACCCCGCGCGACACAUCAAGUACAGGAUCUCACAGUCUGCCGACGCACUCGCUGAACGCCGUCGACUAUUGCGAACGAUUCGUCCACUGGUAGAAGCAUAUACAGCCAGUUGUCAUUGUCUGAUGACUCAAGCAGCUGAUGCGGAUGGUUUCGAUGGCCCCAUGAAUGAGCUAGUGCAAACCACAUUACAGAACCUCACCGACAGUUUCGCGGACAACAAAAUGAUAUACGGCGAAGCGGUAUCAACAGACGCCAUCCGGAAUUGUUUGCGAUUAUUGCGACAGUGGGGCGUGCUGGAAAUGUACUCGGAGGGUAGGAAACGAAAGCUGCGUCUAUGUACGCCAUUCGCCGAUCGGCAAGCACUCGAUCAGGUCUGCUCAACUAUCUACAGAUAUAAUGUGGACACGCCCUUAUUAGCCGAUUGAUUUCGCAAGUCGGUUCACAGGAGGCAUUUUCUAAACUUGCAUUGACGGGAACGCGGGACGUUGACCUCUAGGACUUCAUCUGUGAUAUUUCACUGACAUGUCACCAAGUGUUUACUAGUGCUUUACUAUGGUAGCCGUUAGUGUUCGGUUGUUUUGAAUUGCGGAUUGACUAUUUCUUGACCAGUGAUUUGUGACUUUUUGGUGUUAGAGUUUAAGUCAUAUUGAA